ACUCGUUUUAGAAUUCGUGGGUAGUUUGAUGACAAUUUGUCGAAUGCGAAAAACUGGAUAAAGCAAAUAUAUCUGCUCCAAUUUUAAGUGGUAAAAUAUAAGAGUAUAUAAAUGUGUAUCGUGAACAAAAACUGCUAUUACAAUCGAAGCGAUCGAAAAGCCACUCCUCAUACUAUAAUUAAUAAAUUAUUUCGCGACGCAAAAGCAUAUUGAAAAUUAACAUUAACAUAUUUCUGCAAUAAUUAAUAUAAGAUAAAUAAAUAACCAAUAAAGAUAGACAAUGCGAUUUGCUUAAAAAAUAUUCCAUUAUCUAAAAACAUCAUUGCAUCGAAAUUAAAAAAUAUCACGUGAAAUAAUAACGGACAAUUUUUGACUAAAAAUCAAAGACAGAUAUGGUGUGGAAUCUUGAGUGAUUGUAUGAAAACAGUUCACAUUCAAUCUACACCUUACACCCGUUAAGAUAAAAAAAAAGAAAAAGUACUAUCGAAUCCAGAAUGGAUUCCUGCGGCUGGACACGAAUGGGAAACGAAGAGAGAGAGGAGAUGGCCGGUGCGGACGCGGCCGCCGCCUCCUGGCAGCAGUGCUAUACCUGGUGCACACCGUACUCGCAUCCGCAUCCGCACCCCCACCAUCACCACCCUCAUCAUCCCCGUCAAUAUCAGGGUAGCCAGUAUCAGCAGCUGCCGGGGAGCGCCUCCGCCGCCGUAAACGCUUCCACUACCCACUACCCGUCCUCCCAGCAGCAUCAUCUGCAGCUGCAAACCGCCCAGCCGCCGCCUCUGGACCAACAGCAGCAUCUUCACCCUAUUAAAGGACAAACCGGACUCAGGAGAGCGGUUUCUUAUGACGGACCAGGUACCCAAUUCACACUCGCGCGUCGAUAUCUUGAUGUCGAUCAUGCCGCUUUGUGA